AUGUCUUGGGACGACGACGACUUUGAGGUUUCCGCCUCCAACAACGCUGCCGCCUCUUGGGAAGAAGAGGGCGACGACGAGGCUCUUUUGGACUCGUGGGACGUCGACCCCGAUGAAGUUGAAAAGCAAAAGAAGGAAGCUGAGGCUAAGAAGGCCGCCGAAAAGGCUGCGUUGAAGAAGAAGCAAGAGGAACAAAAGCUCAAAAAGAAGGGUUUGUUGUCGGACAAGACUCUUGCUGAAUUAGACGACCUCGACGAGCAAACUCGUAAGGAUUUGCUCAAGCAGGCCGAACUUAACGCCGAUUUGAACAACGCCGCCGACUUGUUCUCCGGCUUGGGGGUUGCCGAAGACAUCAAUGCCCACCCCAGAGAACGUAUCACCAAGGAACAAAUUGAAGCUGCCCAGGCCAAGCGCGCGGGCAAGGUGUUGACCAAAGAUACCCCAUUGGAAGAACACCCGUUGUUCCAACCCGCCACCAAGCAAGAAUACGAGCGGUUGAGAAAGGCGUUGGCGGCGUCGCUUGUCCAGAUGCUGGAGGACAACGCCAUGUUGUACGCCCUGAGUCUUGCCAUCGACUUGAUCCGGGACAUCGCCCAGCCGUUGUCGUUGGAGAACACCAGAAAGUUGCAGCUGACGCUUAACGUGAUGGUGAAGGAUAAGGAGCGGGCGGAGAGACAAGCGAGAUUGAAGAAGACUGGCGGCACUGCCACCGGGGGUGCGGGUAAGAAGAAGGCGAAGCCUGCGGUCCGUCCCAACGUCAGCGGCGGGUUCAAGAAGGACGGUUUCGACGACAUGGACGACGCCCAGUUUGACGACUUCGGUGACGACGACUUUAUGUAG